GACCUGGGCCGUGAAGUGAAAGCGAAAGCCAGGGACUCGGGCGGACGCCCUCAUUGCGAGACCGGCGUCGCUGGCACACCCAGGGGAUCCAGUUUGGGGACAGGCAGAUUUCAGAAGCGCUGCUGAGCGGCUGCCCCGCAGAGCCCACCAUGGCGCUGGCCCACCUGAGGCCCUGGGCCUCUCUGCUGCUGGUGGACAUGGCUUUACUUGCACUGCUGCAGGGGUCUCCGGGAAAUCUGCUUCCCCUGGGGCUUCCAGGACUGUGGCUGGAGGGCACCCUGCGCCUUGGAGGGCUUUGGGGGCUGUUAGCAGUGGGGGGGCUGCUGGGACGUGUGGGGACCUUUCCGCCCUUGCUCUGCCUGGCUACCCCGCUGUUUUUCUCUCUAAGAGCGCUGGUGGGAGGCACCAUGAGUUCCCCAGCAGUCAGAGUGGCCUCUGCCUCUUGGGUCUGGCUGCUGGCUGACUAUAAGGCUGCCGCGCUGGGCUGGGCCGUGUGGGCUGUGCUGAGCCCUCCAGGAGCCCGGGAGAAGGAAGCAGGCCAGGAGAAGAACAAGAGUCUGAUGUGGCAGUUGCUGAGGCUCUCCAGGCCGGACCUGCCUUUCCUUAUGGUCGCCUUCUUCUUCCUGGCGUGGGCUGUGCUGGGGGAGACCUUAAUUCCCCACUAUUCCGGUCGUGUGAUUGACAUCCUGGGAAGUGAUUUUGACCCGGAUGCUUUCGCCAGCGCCAUCUUCUUCAUGUGCCUGUUCUCUGUGGGGAGCUCCCUGUCUGCGGGCUGCCGAGGAGGCUCCUUCCUCUUCACCAUGUCCAGGAUCAACCUGCGGAUACGGGAGAGGCUUUUCUCCUCCUUGCUGCGCCAAGACCUUGGGUUUUUCCAGGAGAACAAGACAGGGGAGCUGAACUCAAGGCUGAGCUCAGACACUUCCAAGAUGAGCCGCUGGCUCCCUUAUAAUGCCAACAUCCUGUUGCGGAGCCUGGUGAAGGUGAUCGGGCUGUACUGCUUCAUGCUCCAGGUGUCGCCCAGGCUCACCUUCCUCUCCCUGCUGGACCUGCCCCUCACAAUAGCAGCCGAGAAGGUGUACAACCCCCGCCAUCAGGCAGUGUUAACAGAGAUUCAGGAUGCCACGGCUAAGGCAGGGCAGGUGGUGCGCGAGGCGGUUGGAGGGCUGCAGACUGUGCGCAGCUUUGGGGCCGAGGAGCAGGAGGUCAGCCGCUAUAAGGAGGCCCUGGAGCGAUGUCGACAGCUGUGGUGGCGCCGGGACCUGGAAAGAGCCUUGUAUUUAGCCAUACGGAGGGUGAUGGCCUUGGGCAUGCAGGUACUAAUCCUGAACUGCGGUGUGCAGCAGAUCCUGGCUGGGGAGGUCACCAGGGGAGGCCUGCUCUCCUUCCUGCUGUACCAGGAGGAAGUGGGGGACUAUGUCCGGAACCUGGUGUACAUGUAUGGAGAUAUGCUGAGCAACGUGGGCGCCGCUGAGAAGGUUUUCUGCUACAUAGACCGUAAGCCAAAUCUGCCCCAGCCUGGGACCCUGGCCCCUUCCAGGCUGGAGGGCCGCGUGGAAUUCCAAGACGUCACCUUUUCCUACCCGAGUCGCCCGGAGAAGCCUGUACUCAAGGGCCUGACGUUCACGCUGCAUCCUGGCAAGGUGACGGCGUUGGUGGGACCCAACGGGUCAGGGAAGAGUACCGUGGCCGCCCUGCUGCAGAAUCUGUACCAGCCCACGGGGGGCCAGCUGCUGCUGGACGGACAGCCCCUGGUCCAGUAUGAUCACCACUACCUGCACCGCCAGGUGGUUCUGGUGGGACAGGAGCCCGUGCUCUUCUCUGGGUCUGUCAAGGACAACAUUGCCUAUGGCCUGAAGGACUGUGAGGAUGCCCAAGUGAUGGCCGCUGUCCGGGCAGCCUGUGCGGACGACUUCAUAGGGGAAAUGCCUGAUGGGAUACACACAGAAAUAGGGGAGAAGGGGAGCCAGUUAGCCGUGGGACAGAAACAACGUCUGGCCAUUGCCCGGGCCCUUGUGCGGAACCCACGGGUCCUGAUCCUGGAUGAGGCGACCAGUGCCCUGGACUCCCAGUGUGAGCAGGCUCUGCAGGCCUGGCGAUCGAAGGGGGACAGGACGGUGCUGGUGAUUGCCCACAGGCUGCACACGGUUCAGAACGUUGACCAGGUGCUGGUGCUCAAGCAGGGGCAGCUGGUGGAGCACAGCCAGCUCAGGGAGGACCAGGAUGUCUACGCUCACCUGGUACAGCAGCAGCGGCUGGAGGAGUGAGGCCUCCGCACACAGAGCCACCCACUGAGUGCUCUCAGGACCAGACCCACGGGGACUGUGCUGGAGGCUGGGGUCGGGAUAAAGACUGGGACCAUUUCGGACUCUUGUAUGUUUUGGUGGGCUUGAGUGGGUGAGAGUUGGGGGAUGGGGUGGUCGCUGGGUGGAGUGAGUGUUUUGUGGUUCUAGAAACAUUAUUAUUAUUUUUUGCUGAUUAUAGUAAAUAUGUAUAGAAACGUUUUCCCUUAAUAUAUGCUAUGGUUGUAGUAUUGAUUGACAUUUUGACCGCAUCUAGACUCAGGGACAAACAUCUUCUGGGCAUGUCAGUGGGAGAGUUCUAGGUGAGGUUAACCGAGGUUGGAAUAACCGCCCAACUGCGGGUGGCGCCAUCCCCUGGGCUGGGGGCCCAGGCUGCAUGGAAGGGGAAAGAGAGCUGAACACCAAUGCCAUCUCUCUCUGCCUCCUGCGGAUGCCAUGUGGCCAGCAGCCUCUCCCUCCCGCCUUCCCUGACAUGAUGACUGCACCCUAAGUGGGAGCCAGACCAAACCGUUCCUCAAGCUGCUUUUGUCUCGCAUCUUGUUGCACCGACCAGAAAAUCAGCUCGUACCCCGCGUACAUACGAGGAAGUACACGUUUCAUAUAGACGUCUCACAAAGUGCAGUCAGUCCAUCCUGCGGUUUGCUUCACCAAUACCACCUGGACAUUCCUGAGGCUGCCUUCCUGCAUCCGUCCUUAUACCCACCAUGCCUGGCCCUGUACCUGAUAUUUUUGGGGGAAACUAGAGGGUGGUUGGACAAAACUCAGCUCUCGCGUUAACAGUGUUAACAACAUAAUUGUGAGUGAGGGCUGCAUUUGUGGACUUCGUGAGCAGGGGCUGUGCAACACGGUUGUCAUGUUGUAGCAGGUCUUUCUCUGGGCUGCUGGCUUCUGAAUAAUGAUUUGGAAACUUUUUAUUAAUUAUGAAAGGUUGGCCUUAGUUUAGGCUUGUUCCCAAGUAGCUCUUAAAACUUGACCUGUUUAUAUGAA